ACUCGCCCGGCGGCACGCGCGGCUUCCCACUCCACCGCCCCUUCUUGCCAAGGUCGCGAGGUUGCAUUGCAAGCCCAGCCCAGCGGGUUACUGCAGGUCGUGGCCGUCCGUCCGUUUAAAUUCCCGGAGAAGGAAGGAAGGAAGGAAGGAAGGAAGGAAGAGCUGGAUAGAGAAAGAGCUUUAGGCGCCAGAGAAGCAUCCGAGGAAAAGACCCGGGGAGGCUGCAGGUAAAGCCGGAAAACACACACACACACACACACACACACACACACCGCGCCUCUCGCUGCUGUUCCGAGCGAAGGAGCCGCAGCUGUUUGCCGACCGAGCGGGGCCUUUCGAUGCCUUCGCAGUUUUUGCAAGAGGAGAUCAUUCCAGACUUUUCUACCAUGCCUGCCUUUACUCACAUUAUCCAGAAUGGUGUAGCUCAUUCGGAAAAAGUCCAUCCCACUUAUGAGCAAAUGGCGUCAGAAAGAGAGAUGACAGAUGACAUUUUUGAUGAGACUUAUCGUGAGAAAGAGGGUCCGAAGCCUUCAAAAAGAUACGUCUGGAGGAACAUUAUUCUCAUGUCUCUUCUCCAUCUAACUGCUGUGUAUGCCAUCUGGUUCAUACCUUCUGCAAAGCUACUCACUUUGGCAUGGGCUGUUUUGUGCUUCAUCUUGGGUGGUCUUGGAGUUACAGCUGGAGCACAUCGGCUUUGGAGUCACCGGUCUUACAAAGCUACUCUACCUCUUCGGAUAUUCUUGGCCAUAGUCAACUCCAUGGCUUUUCAGAAUGAUAUUUAUGAGUGGGCCAGAGACCACCGUGUGCACCACAAAUUCUCUGAGACGGAUGCAGAUCCCCACAAUGCAAAACGGGGAUUUUUCUUUGCUCAUAUUGGCUGGUUGUUGGUCCGCAAACACCCAGAUGUCAUCGAAAAAGGACAGAAGCUGGACUUGUCUGACCUGAAAGCUGACAAGGUUGUGAUGUUCCAGAGGAGGUAUUACAAGACUUCGGUGGUACUCAUGUGCUUCAUGCUUCCUUCCUUUGUUCCUUGGUAUUUUUGGGGAGAAACCUUUCUCGUCAGCUUCCUGCUGACCAUUCUCCGAUACACAUCAACCCUCAAUGCCAGUUGGCUGGUGAACAGUUUGGCACACAUGUAUGGCAAUCGGCCAUAUGAUCGCCACAUCAACCCCAGAGAAAAUCACUUUGUGGUCUUUGGAGCUUUAGGAGAAGGCUUCCACAAUUACCAUCAUACUUUCCCCUUCGAUUACUCAACAAGUGAAUAUGGCUGGCGGUGGAAUUUCACUACUGGUUUUAUUGAUCUCAUGUGCUUCCUUGGCUUGGCCAAUAACUGCAAGAAAGUUGCCAAGGGGACCGUCUUGGCUCGAAAAGUUCGGACUGGUGAUGGAAGCCACAAGACUGGCUGAAAAUCGGUUUCCCUGACCUUUCUUUUCUUCUUUUUUCCAACAACCUAGUCAUAUAUUUGAUCUGUUUACUAGCUAUUAGGACUGUGCAAAGCAUGAAACCGGGGAGGGGGCUUCGCAAAGUGCAUUGGCACAAGUGAAACAUUAAAGCAGCUGUGUCCUCUGAAAAGCCAGGUGCUGCUUUUUGAAGGCUUUUCCUGGUUCUCUGCUCAGGUGUGUGUAUACACAGCUGCUUUGCUUGGUUGAUAGUCGAAUGAGAUGGGCUUUCUGUGCAUACUUUAGAUGUGAACAGUCAGGGUUGCCCCUCGGAACAGCCAAACUAAGCUGUCUGGAUAUUGCAGCUGCUUUAUGCUUUGAGGGUGGAUAAUUCACUCAUUUUACAAAGCCCCCCUUUCAAAUGCUUUGCACAGCCACAUAACUACCAAGCAGUGUGUUCAGGAUGCUUAAAUGGGUGACUAACUCAUUCCAGUAUUUGUUUUUUGAAACAAUAUAUUCAAGGCAUAUGGCAAAACCUUCCCCCCCCCCCCCCCCCCCCCCCCCCAAACUGACCUUGGAGGCUGCUUUUCUAUAUCUUUUCCACUCCUUCUCGGCAAAAGUUUCUUUUCUCUCUCCUAUGUUUUCUGUCUCUCUCCUUAGCAACUGAUAUAACAUCCCAAUCUAUGUGUUCUUGGUUGGAAGAGGAUUUAGGAAGAUUGAAGGGACAGACUUGGUACCAAAGUAGAAACUUCCUUUCUUAGAAUGAGUAAACAACUCACAAUUGGCUUAUAGUCCUUUCUCUUCUUCUUAGCUCUGGUGCUGUUGAAGCUCUCUUCUUUUUUCUGGUAGAAAAUUAGAAGUUGGACUUUUACGUAGCAGUUCUGAAAACUAUUAGAAACUGAGAAAAUGUGUAUACUGAAUGGGAAGGCAGAAGAUAAGAUCGUAUUAUAUGGGACACACACAUAAUUUUACAGAUCAGUCCCGUAGUAGUGGUUGAUAUUUUUAGUUGGUGCUAGGCAAUUGGAGCUCCCUUCCUCCAUGUCCUCCUGUCAUUGCUGCUUGUCCUUAUCAAGACUUGUCUGCAGGAUUCUGAGAUGGCAGGAUGAGGAUGUCGUGUAAAGAUGCUGAUCACUCUAUAAGCAGUGAAGGGCAUCUGGUUAAGAACAUGCUCAUAGAUUUAAAAAAAAUGUAUGCACUUAAGGGUUUUUUUCGUAGCUGAAGCUUUUUUUAUGUGCAAAAGAAUGAAUUGUAUGUUGCAUGCUUGCUGAUAUAUGUAGUAGUAGAUAAUUUCUAUUCUCAAGUGGUUUAGUCAGUUUAACAUCAAGUUAUUCAGCUAAUUUAUUUCUCAACUGGACCAUUUUCUGAACCAAAUCUGCUGUAAUUCUUUUCCCUAUAGGUAGCUCUAGCAAUCCUCUCCUCCCCCUCCAUUCUCACCACUUUUCUGGUUGUCAUUAUAAUAUUAUAAUCCAAAAAGGAAAGUGUCUUAAACAAGGGGAAAAGAAAAGGCUAGCUUCCCCUUUUCUUUCUCUUUUGUCUUCCUGUGCCUUUAAUAUUUUCAUCUCUAAUGGCACUCCAUAAGUUACAGUCAGCAUCACAAUCAGUAUCAUCAUAGUUACAAUCAACAUCACAGUCUGACUCAUAUUACCAUUAUCUUUUGUUUUGUAAAAUCCGCCAAUUGUCUGCACUCGUUAAUAAUAAACAAAAAAAAAAAAACAUUCCCAUGAAGGUCUGGUUCAUUUGUCUAAUUUAAUUCCAAUUUGUUCAAAAACACUUUCACCAAAAAAGUACUUUUCAAAAUAAAUGUCCCUUUUAUCCAUUUUAAACUUUCUUACAUUGACUCCUUAUUAAGCUUUUUACCAAAAAAAAUAUAUAAGUUUUUUAAAUCUUUUUUUUUUUCUUUAUUCCUUUGUAAUCUGGAAAGAAUUGUAACUCACCAAGUGGAAUCUUAUGCAGCUACUUAGAAAAUCUCUCUUUAGCUCUAAAUCCCAAAGUGGUUAAGAAACAUUGUACCGUUGGCUACAAUACAGUUGUGGUUGAAAUUCCUCGCGAUCUAACCACAAAAACCUCAGUUCCUGUAGUCUACUCAAAAGGAGAAGCUGUCAGAGUGCAAGCCCAGGAUCCUACAAUAUCCAGAAAUACUGUGUCUGCUGAUCUCUAUUGAUCUGGUUGCAGAUUUUUGCUGCAUUGCUGUCCCCAGUCCUUCAGGGACAUCUAGUUCACCAUAAAUCCUCACCAGAAUCUUCUAUGAUGGCUUUUGGGGAAAAAAAAUGGAUGAAAGACUUGUUAAGAUGAAAGAGGCAAUUAAAGAAAUUAACAAAAUGAAAAACUAGAAGAAAUAUUUGGAAAGAUAAAUAGUCUAGCUCUAUUGAAAUUGAGAGAGAAGGAAUUUUAUCUGAGAUUUAGAGCAAUCCCAGAAGAUUAUGAUGAAGAAGCUAGAGAAAAGAUUAUUAAAGCCUUAGAAUUUUUUUUGGAUUGGGAAAAGGAGGAUACUGAUAACGGAACUUGAUGAAAUAUAUAAAUUUGCAAGAACAAGAGAUGUUCCAAGGUGCACUUUUAAUACAAGAUUGAAGAUAAAUAAUAAAGAUAACGAGUCUUAAAAAAUUCCUAUUAUAAUUUUGCGUAAGAGAAAAAAGGUUUUUUUGAUUUGAGAUUAAAGCAGAAAAAGCCCCCAAUGACAACAAACUAGGAGUGGUUUUUACUUUCAAACAGCAGAGGUUAUGACUAAAUGCAAUCCAGAAGGUGAGGGAAUUUCUAGAAAAAUUCAAAGAGAAAUCGGAGGAUAGUCAAAUAGAUGUCAGAGAAGACUACAUAGAAACUUCAUCAGAAGUUUGAGAGGACAGGAGACUGAGGGAUAAUACUGGAUCAGGUGUCACAAAUACUGAUUUUUUAAAAACUUUCAGCUUCAUUAUGGAUUACUUGCACUAGUAGAAGCAAUAAUGGAGGUUUGUAAAAAGAAAUUUUUUUAAAAAAAUUAACAUAAAGGUAUUGAUUUAAGAAUAGGUUUGGGAUGCAAGGUAAAGCUUUUAUUGGAGUUAUGUUAUUUUAUACAACACAAUGAACUUAAGGAGAAAUGAAAACAAACUCUUGAACAACAUAGAAAAGAGGAAUUAAAUCUCCAGAGAAGUUGUUUCUCAAUAAAUCAAACUAUUACAAUGGCAAUCACCUAUUAAAAGUAAGAAAAAUGGAAAUAAAAAUGAGUUAUAUGAGGCAAAAAAUUGAGUUGGCAAACCAUGGAAGUGGCUAGCAUAUAAAAUACUAAAAGAAAAGUUAUUCAAAUUACAUGAGGGAAAUACUUAAUGGACAUUGCGGCUGUAGAAAAAACAUUCCAUUAAUAAUAUUCCAAUUUAUAUAAAAGAAGUGACAUCUUAUUAGAGAAACUAGAUGAAUAUCUAAAACAAUUUACCAAGGAUUACAAAGGAACAGGCAAAUAACGUUUCUGAAGUUAUAAAAAGAUUAAACUAGGAAAGGUCCCUGUAGCAGAUGGAUUAUAAAUGGUUUGAGGAUGACUUUAUAAAAUAUGAAUUUAAGGGAGGAAAGAUGCCAGAGAGCUGGAAAACAGACCAACAAAACACUAAUACCUAAAGAAGGGCAAGAUUUGACUUCUAAUAAGAAGCUAUAGAUCAAAAUCAUUACUGAAUAAUAACAGCAAGUUAUUUGUAACUAUUUUAGCUGAUAGACUGGAAAUAAUUUUGCCAGGAUUUAUUCAUGAGGAUCAAUAUGGGUAUUUACCUGAAGGGACAACUUUAGAAAUAUGUCCAACAAUUUAGAAUAUUUGGAGGAGAUGCAGAAAAGGGUUUGACAAUUUCUGGAAGAUUUUGAAUUUAAUAAAAUGAAUAAGAUUGUUUACACUUCACAGGAAGCACAAAUCAUUAUUAAUGGAGAUCUAACAAAAAGAUCUCUGAGAGACAAAAAGGAUUAAACAAUGGCAGCAGGAUGUGUCUAAAUUUGUGUGAAAGGAAUAAAAAAAACCCCAUGAGUCAAAUAAAAGGUGAUACAAGAUGCAAAGGAGCGAUGAUUGAGUUUAUCCAAUUAAGUUUACCCAUUUUGAAGUUGUAUUUUGCUGUUUGGUUUGGAUGAACUUGUUUGGUGCUGCUGAGAAACAAUUUUUUUUUUUGUAGUGAAAAGGACACAACCUGAGAUUUGAGUGGCAUAGAUAUUUGUGGUUUGACAAAGUCAAGGUUAAUGUGGAUUUUUAAAAAUCAUAUGUGCCAUAUUGAGAAUAUAGAAUAAACUUGGGCUAUGCCCAGAAACACCUCUGUAAUUCUCAGCCAAGAAGCAUUUUAUAGUUGAGAAAUAAUAAGCAAACAAAAAUUGCUUUCUUAUCGUGACAUGCUAGAAUUCUGUGAAAGGAAAUACAAGAUAAAAUCAAGAGAACAACUGAUGGCAGAGAGACAUAGUUGUCUGGUUCUCUUAUCUACAAUUGUUAGAUUUAAAAAUAGGCAAAAGAAUUUAUGGUUUUGAACAUUGUGAGACUGAGCUUGAAACAAUUAUAUACAAAUGAUGAACAUGUGAUUAUUAAAAUGCAUACGCUUUUACUAGUAGAAUUACUAGUGAAAGAAUUUAUGAUAGAGGGCUAAAAGUUUUGGCUAUAUGAGGGGUCAGCAACCCGUGGCUCCAGAGCCACAUGCGGCUCUUUGGGCCCUCUGCUGUGGCUUCCUGUCGGGUGAUCCCACCACUGGCUGGUCCCACCCCUUGCCCUCCCCUCCCAGUCACUUCUUGCCUGGCCUGAGAAGGCAAGGGUGACGGCAGGGGAUGGAGAAGCGGCUAGGGCAGAGACAGAGAGAUACAGAGAGAGGGGAAGAGAGAGGGGGGAGGGAGGGACAGAGGGGAGAGAGAUAUGUCAAACGGGUUUUGUGGUUCCUGGUGUUUUUUAACAACUGGUUCUCUGCCCUAAUGACUGGCUGGGUAGGCGUAGCUAAGGGGGGGUCAUGUGACUGGUGGAAGUGAGUGACAUUGAGUUGGCCACACCUACCCAGGUUUUGUGGCUCCUGGUGUUUUGUUUUCUGUGGGAAACUAGUCCAAAUGGCUCUUUGAGUGCUUAAGGUUGCAGGCCUCUGGGCUAUAUGGUAUAGGAUGGAACAAUAGGAAAAUAUGUGGCUGAAAGGAUUGAAAUAUACAUUAUUUUUUUAUACAGUUUUUGCAGUAUUUCUUCAUAGACAACAGGCAUACCAGCAUUCCUUCCUCCUAUUUUGCCUUGUUUUUGUACAUCACAACUGCAGUGAGAUUGUACAGACAAAUAUGGAAAGAUGGAGGAAUGGCUGGUGAAAAGGAUGGAACUUGCUGAGAUAGACUUGACUUCUUUGAUCAGAGAAAAGAAUAUGUUUUUUCUGUUUCACAUAAAAAGUCUGUAAGGGACUUACAGUGAGCAAGUGAGCUUAUGAUUUUGUAAUUUGAUGAUUAGAACUGAUUAUUGAAAAAAGAGAGGCCUGUUAUAACCCUAACAAAAAAAGGAAGCUUAUCACUGAUAACUUCUGUAUAGAAGCUACUUAUUGUAGCUUUUUCUUUUCUAUUUUCUUUUACUUCUGUUUUCCAUUUGACCUCUUUUCUUUUUUUCUCCCCACUUACAUUAGUCAUGAGAAUAAAUGUAGAAGUUGAAACAACAGAGCAGGAAGGGAUAAGAUACCAAUGUUCCCCGUUGCUCUAUUUCCCCCAAAUAUCUGGCUGGGCCCUGGAAAGCAGGAUUAGAUGGACAAUUGCUCUGAGCCAUCAGGAAUCCUCUGAAUAUUUUUAGGCUGAUCUGAAAACUCUUGGUUAAGAUACAUCAGGAAGGACAAGGAGAUUUGGCGCUAAGAUGAAUAUUUUGCCUAAAUUGAAAGCAAAGAUACAUAUACUAUAAUAAGCAAUUAGCUAAAGCUUGGUUGUACUUCCUUAAGCUCUUCAGAACACAAGGAAAUAAUAGAAAAAGCUGUAGACUUCAUUCUUCUGGUAUUUGCCAAUCUAGAAUCUGACAUUUUUGACUGAAAAUGCUCCUCCCCAUCUGUCUGCACCUUUAAAGAACAGCAUGUACAGACGGUAUAAAGCACAAUAGUUUUGCUUUGCUUUGGAGAAUUGUGAGUUCUAAACUGGGUGUGGGCGUGGCCGGCGCAUGAUGCAUCCAGCCCAAGGGCUGUGAGUUUGAUAGCCCUGGCUUAAGAUGCUGUUAGACAAGCAGAGGUGCAGACAAUGUUUCUGACAUUUUUAGGAACCUGAGAUCAGUUAAUGGGGGGAUUUUCUUUUGCAGCAGCCUUCACUUUUUAUGUCAAUGGCAUAAUGGAGAAAGGUUCAUCUGAUGGCACAUGGUGAAUUUGCCAUAAGAUGUUGGCAAUUAAACAGGCCUGGUAACAAACGACUUUCUUUGUCUUCCUAUGUCUUAGACAACUAUUUGGAUGUGCCUUAUAGGUUUGGGUUGAUACUUUUCAGGCUGUUGUUUUUUUUAAAAAAAAGAAACCAUGUAUAGGCGUAUUGAAUUAGUUGCAAUUUUUUAUUUUCAUCUGAAAUUAUUUCUGAAGUAUCUUUCAGAAAAAUAUUUAUAUGGAUGAUUCACCUGCAGUUGUGCAUCAAGGGACUUUUUCAUAGAUUUAAUCAAGCUUUGAUUUAGUUAAAAGGCUUUCAUCCAGAGGUGGGAUUCACUUACCUUCCCUACGAGUUUGCAAAUGUGAGCGCGUGUGCCUCUGCGCAUUUGCAGUAGUCACACAUUACAUCCGGGCAGGUGGGCGGAGCCUCCCGCAGUCACCGCUACCAGUUUGCGCGAUCCAGACAGAACCGGCUGAAUCAGUGGUGAAAUGCUACCGGUUUGCACUGGUUUGGGCGAACCGGUAGUGAUAAAAACUACCGGUUUGGGUGAACCGUAGUAAAAAAAAAGUUACCGGUUCUUCUGAACCGGUAUUUCCGACGAUCAGCUGUGCCACGCUACUUAAAAUCACUAGAAAGCAGGAAAUCCUGCUUUCCAGUGAAUCUAAAUCGCGCGGCACAGCUGUUCCUCCCCCUCCGCUGUUCUGCUUACCUUCCCAAGCUUCCUUUUUCCAGGCUAAGUGCGCAUUUGGUGUGUACUGCGCAUGUGCGGCCAGCGAACCAGUGGCAAAUCGGUUCAGACUUCACCACUGGGCUGAACCCCACCUCUGCUUUCAUUUCUUGCAAAAUCUAGCCUUAUUAGCUGAGGUUUGUGCCUAGCCCAGAACAUUUUGGUUCAUCAGCCUUUCUAGCUCUUGCUGGGUGCUUCUAGAGAUUUGUUUUACCAUAAGAUUCCUUUGCUCCUUCCUCAAAGCAUCAGGGGGUAUUGAAAUUUUCUUCCCUGCUUUCGUUUGGCUUCUUUGCUUUUUUUUUUUUUUAAAUCAUGGGAAAUCCAAGGAAUGAAGGGAUUGCUCUUCAAUGCCUUUUGAUUGAUAAUACUAGACAUCGUGUUGGUUGGUUUGGGAUGGUGUGUGGUAAGAAGAGAGAGCAAGGCCUGGCAACUAAUAAAUCAGCCUCUUCUCCCUGCCCUAACCUGGAAAGGAGACGUGACUUAACUUUUCCAUGGCUUCAGGUCUGAUAUCUACAUCACUCAUUUCCAUUUACUAUUUGGGACAAAGUUGGCUUGCAUAUCUGUCUUCUAAUAUAACUAACAAUUUGUAGCUUUAAUUUAAAUAUUACUUUGUAACAUUUGCUGACAAUAUUCUAAUAAGAUGAUAUUAUCAAAACCCACCAGAAUGCAAUGGGCAAGCAAGUUUAUUGCCCCUCUCUCCUUUUAAACUGAAAAGAACUAAAUAGUUGGUGUGAAAGUUAACGUGAGCUCCAAAGUUCUUGAAGUUUGGGUAGGAUCUUUGCUUUUUCCAUUUCUAAUGUUGCCAUAUUUUAUGUGCUGAAAAAUAAUUUCUUCCAAUAUGAGACUUGAAGUUAUGUUUUUGUUUAUAAUAAAAUAGUUGACUUACAAGUA